AUGGCGGCGAAGCAACUUCCAGCGGUUCUUCAUAUCACAUCCAGCGCUACGAAUUAUGAUGAAGCUUUUCUUGUGCACGUCGAAUCUACCGGGUCGCGGCCUUUGGAUGUGAAGUUGGUUGGGACGGAUGGUGAACUCGUAUUUGUAGUCUCAUUGAAGCACAGCAAGAUAUCUUCACUCAAGUCAAAGAAUUCUCCGUGUAAAAAUGAAGAAUGGAUUCUGAUAUUGUCUUCCAUUUUGCUUCAUGAGCCGCCGAAGGAAGGAGAAGAGACUGUGACGAGAGGGGUUGAGAUUCAUGCUAAAGUGGAGAAGAAAGCAAUGACCCUUGUGAUCCAAAAGGUUAUUGAAGGGAUCAAACAACGUCUCGGCACUAUCAAACUGGAUGAAACCGAAGAGGAGGAAAUCGGCCUCUUCGAAUGGUGCGCUCUGGCAACGAAAUCCGCGGAUUCGUCAAAGGAUGAGCUGGAAGCGUUACGAAUUAAGUAUAGGGAACAACAGGAGUCGUUGAAUAAAAUCAAUGAGAAUUUUAAGGAAUUGAAUAAACUUAAAGUCGACCAUGAGAACCAACUUUUGGAAAAGUUUACCCUCCUACUAAAUGAGAAGAAACUCAAGAUAAGGGACCAACAAAGAUUGUUAGCAGGCGCCAAAGUUGAUACUGAGAAGGUCGAGGCAAUGCAAGCUACACGAUCUGGAAAGUCUAGAAGCGCCGGCGCAUCGAGAAGUGGAAAGCGAAAGGCUGGAAAAGAAGUCCAGGAUGAAAGCUCAGAUGAUUCCGAUGAUGCGUUCGAAAAGAUGGAUGUCGACAAAGACCAACACGAGGAUGACACCGGCGACGAAUCAAACAAACCAGAAGUACAAACUCCUGAACGGUCGGAUGAUGAGACUGCUUCCGAAGACGAAAUGGAUGCGCCGCUGCCAAAGUCUCGGCUUCCCGUGAAGAAAAAUGUUAUUCAUGAAGAAUCUGACGAGGAAAUGCAAUCAGCACCGAAACCAACAGAAACCACAAAAAUAGCUGAGCUACCACCUAAAAGGGAAUUACCAUUCGCCAAAAAGCCAGCUCCCGUACCUGCGCCUAAGCCUACAAAUGAUGGAUCUGAGACCGAAUCGGGCUCGGACGACGAAUUAUAA